ACAUAUAACACUGCUGCUUAGGGGGUGAGAAGCAAAGGAACACACAAAAAUCUCAGGAACUCAACAUAAUUUGGACAUCCACGACUUGCACCUGUGUCAGAACUUUUCCUCAAAAAACUUCAAACAGUAAGGGAUCCACAGUCCUGGAGCAUCCAGAGGCCUAAAUAGCAUCAGCUAAUUAAAGUUAUUAGAAGAGAGUACAGGAAGACGGAACAAAAUGGCAGUAGCUAAUCCGUGCCUGCAGAAAGAGUCGAUGGAAUGGAAGAGAGAGGUGGAGGAGAGCAGGAGAAAACAGUGGAGGGGGACGAUAUGCCACCAGGCUAUGGGUGAAGUGAGAGUUGAGGAUGAGGCGGAGGAGGAAGGUAAGGAUGUCAGCAGCUUUAAAAAGGUGAAUGAGGAAGAAGAGAGCAGGGAAGUAGGAGGACCUGAAAAAGAGAAGGAAGAGAAAAGUGGUCACUGGAAAAGAAAGGAAGAUAAGGAGAUUGCUGAAGCAAAUACAAAAGACGAUACAGGUACGACCCACUUCAGAACAGCUGGGAGUGCCUGGGUGAGAUGCAAGAGAAGAGAGCCUCUUUCUCUGUGGUUGUACUGGAUGGACGAUUAUAUGCUGUUGGUGGAUACUGUGAACCUGACCAUAUGGAUACUGUUGAAUGUUACUGCCCCACUACAGACUCCUGGAGAUUUGCCUGCCCCUUGGAUCUACCUUUGGGUGGACAUGUAGCAAAGGUUUUCAAAGGGCAGAUCUUUAUCUCAGGAGGACAAAACACUGACCAGUUGUGUGUUGCAUCUAUG